UUCAAGUCAGUGACAUGUUGGCGUUGAAUAUAUCAACUUACGGUUGUGUUAAUUUCAUCACGUUGUUUGGACAUGAGUGUGUUAACUGAUUGGUAAUUGAUUUGGAUUGUAACUGGCAUGUGUUUGAUUCAAGUGUGAGUACGGUUCUGGCAAAGUUUAUAUUUCAACUAGAGAUUGUGUGGAUCAUCAUAAUGUUACCAAAACUGUAUCGAAUGGAUGAUUACAAAAAAUGUUUGGAAACUAAGAAUACAUUUUGCAAAGUAAACGCACACCUCCAGCCUAAAAAUACUGGUAAUGAAAUCUGGAAGAUUAUACAAGAAUCGGUUGGAAAUCAGGAGAGUUUUGAUCAUAGAAUACUGCAUAGAGGAUAUUGUUUACCUAGCCAAGAAGCCCGUGAUGUGGAAUCAGUUAAGAGAUACUCGGAAAUUCUAACCAAUGGAGAAAUAACUAACAAAAAUUUAACUGCCACAAUUGAAGUAUUAGCAUGCACUGAUAGUCAUAUUUCAAUAUCCACAUUCGAUAAACUAUUUAUAGUCAUGGCAAUACUAUAUGGAAUUUUCAUAUUGAUCGCUACAUAUGAAGAUAUCAGAAGGAGAAAAAUAGAAAACGCCAGUCUCAGAUUCUAUGAACAAUUCUCACUGUAUCAGAGUUGGAAGAAGAGGGUUGUGCCAUUGAAGAAUGAUGACUCAGGAAAACUGAAGUCCAUACAGGGAAUAAGGACUUAUAACUUACUGUUGGUCCUUUUUGC